AUGGGUGACGAUGGUCUAUUGCGAAAAGUAACGAACGAUCUCGAGAAGUUGCAGCUACUUAACUAUGAAGAAAAGAAUAACGAUUCUGAUCCAGAACCUUCGUCAUCCUCUUCUAAGAAUCGAGUGAUAGAACAACAUCCUCAUAAAAGUGCUGAGCAACUUUUGAAUAAUAUUCUUCCUUCAUACCAAAUGUAUCAGAGUACCAUAUCUAAACCAGUGCUACCUCAUGAAGAGAAUUUCAAGGUGGACCCUCCAGUGUAUGAAUUAACACCUAUUUCGUCAGUCCCAACUAGUGUGUAUAACAGUGGUACUGUAUCUCCCAAUAAUGAAUACGAUCAACCCAACUUGCUCAGUGCAAUGGUGUCUCAAGAAGACUUUGGAGUGUUUCCCGAGGGUCAAAAUCUUACCUUGAUAUCUCAAGCUCAAGGAAUGGAUGGAGAUGUUGACAAUGAAACAAAUGAUAAUAAUACUACUACCAUCUAUGAAGAAACAUUAUUGGCUAAUGUUCAAAAACUAGUUAAUCUUACUAGAAGUGACAAUGAAAUCAGUCAACAUGUUGAAAUAGACAUUAAAGUUACUAAAGAUGUUUGUGAAAAGGGUAAGAAGCCCGAACUCUAUGAUGCUUCGGAGAUAGAGUUCAAACAAGGUGAUUAUAUUCAUGGAUAUGUAACCAUGAGAAACACUACCAACAAGCCAAUAUCUUUUGAUAUGGUUUAUGUACUGUUUGAGGGGUCUGCCGUGACGUUAUCCAACAAGAAUGGGUUUAUUAAUCCUCAAAAGCAAACAGUAUAUUAUCGGUUUUUAACCAUGGUGGAUCUUUAUGCUUCGUGGUCAUAUUCUAACAUUGACCGAUUAGCUACUGAUAAUGGAGAUAUGUAUGAUUGGUGUUAUGGUGAAACAGAUCCUUAUGAUGGGUCAUUACUUGCCAUUGAUGUCCAACGGAUGCUACAACCUAAUACUACUUAUAAACGGUUCUUUACAUUUAGACUCCCAAAUAAAUUACUUGAUGAUAUUUGUGAACCCAAUAAUUUCCCUAGUCAUACAGAAAUAUAUCCUACUUUUGGUGUCCCUAAACAUACAAUGACCCCCUCUGAGUUGUUGGCCACAAGAGAGCAACAGGUUAGAGACUUUGCCUUUCUUGAUGCUCUGAUAACUUAUAGCAUUGCAGCUCGGAUCAUUGGAAGAGCUUCGGAGUAUCGGUUUGAAACUCCAGAGGGACUGGAUAGAUACAUUGUGCUUAAAGACUAUUUACAACCCAUACGAGUGAUACCCAAACUGAAUCCUGAAACGUUAGAGAACAAGUAUCGAUCGGAACUGGAAGCAGAUGUAUUUUACCGUGCAUUUGUUAAUCAAAUCAAAGAGAAGAUAGAAUUUGGUCACGAUCUCAUGAGUAUGCCACCAUCUUUAAGACCUGUGGAAUCAUCCAAUUUGACCCCCAUCAGCUCAAGAGAUAAUGGUGAGAAGAUACGACAGUUGUAUGAUGUGGCCGAUACAAGCAUACGGACCAGUUACCAACGGAAUAAGAAGAUGGAAGAUGCCAAUGAUAUGUAUUCGUGUUUAUUGGGAUAUCGGAAGAAAUCUCUUACUGGAUGGUCCAAGACGUUAGGUGUUGUCACCUUAUCAACCCCCAAGAAGAUUCAUCUGAUCUUGUAUACUCCCCCGGCCAAAUUCUCCAAUGGGAGAUCAAGACAAACUCGGUUGACGGUACCGUUUGAGCUUACCUUUGUCUCCGAAGCAGCCAGUGGGAUCAAGCCAAAGGAUUUCCCGGAGAUAAAGGGGAUCAGUUGUGAGUUGGUGGUUUUCAGUGCUCGUCUGGAGAAAUAUUCCAUCCCUGUUGAGCUUACAUAUGAUAUGCUUUUCAAAGAGCAAGAGAUCAUGCAUCAUCUGAGACGGAAAGACCCCGCUAACUUCAGUUCCAUAGUGGUGGAACCCAUGAAACAAUAUUUCAGAGAGGUUAAUGACCUCAUUAAGAAACUUGGAGAAUCUUUCCAUUUGGAGGUCCAGCUUUAUAGAAAUCUACGGUGUAUGGCUACACUUGUUACCAAGUACAUUAAUCUUGCCAUCAAUAGCAUAACGGUUACGUCCACUUCCAACAAGUCCGAGGGCCACCAUUCAACCAUGACUGCCAUUCCCUGGGAACAUGUUGAAGACACAGUGAACCCUGAAUACUCUUUGCACAGCAAGAAGUUUGAAUUAGAUUUGGAUAUCCAGAACUCCCAAGUGAAAUCAUCGACUCCAGUGCCAAAUUCCAGUUUUGAGAACUUCACUUUGGUUCCAACGUUCCAAACGUGUCAUUGUGCUCGACUUUAUUAUUUGCGAGUGAAGUUGAAGCUUUCUAAUUCCGAUUCUCUUGUGGUUCAUGUUCCUGUGUCAAUUGAGAACUAG